AUGGUUGAAUUUGGUGUUCCAGCUGACAUGUCGGACGCUCUUUCCGUGAUUCCGGCCGCUGUUCAUCGCGAUCUCUCCGAUGAACUCUAUGUUAAGCGGAAAAAUUCAGCUCUUGAUGGUGGUCUUAUUGGCUUAGCUGCUGUAACAAUUGGUUUGUCUUCAGAUGCUGCUCAACAAUAUCUUGAGAUAGCCGAGUUCGGUUAUUAUGCUUGUGAAGCUCUCUAUAACAUUGCAAAGGCUGUGAGACGCGAGUUCCUUAUUUUCUUCAAUCAGACUUUUGAUGCUUUAUGCAAACUCUCAGCAGAUUCUGAUGCCGAUGUCCAAAGUGCUGCUCGUCAUUUAGAUCGCCUUGUUAAGUUCAGUAUUGAGGAAUUCAUACCUCUUUUAAAAGAACGUAUGAACGUUUUAAACCCUUACGUUAGAGAAUUUCUGGUAGGAUGGUACACUGUUCUUGGCAGUCUUUCAGACAUUGAUAUGCGCGAGUUUCUGCCAGACUUUCUCGAUGAAUAUCCUCGACUAGAUGAUCAAUAG